CGAGGGUGCGGGAGAAGGUCGGAUGGAAGGAAGAGGGUCUUUUCUCGGGAAACGAUCAGUCAGUGUGGUGGUCCAGCGAGAAGGACGAGGACGCGUCCUUGGUGUUUGUCGGUCGAGGUAGUCAUCGAGAGGGUAGAUUCAUUACUGUCCAACAACAACUGUUACGAUAACGACGAUAACGACGACGACGACGACGACGACGACGACGACGACGACGGCGACGAUAUCGACGAAGAGUGGAUCGUUCAAAGACGAGGAAGGGGAGAGGGAGAGAGAGAGGAGAAAGAAGUGAAUCGGAGAGGAAAGAAGGAGAAGGGAGGGGAAGGGUAGAGAGGAAAAGAGUCGACGCUAAGGAGAGAGUCUCGAGCGUGUUGAGAGGCGCCGCCGAAUCGAGCCGGGCCGAGCCGAGCCGCGCCGAGAGUAGCGUUGAGGCCAAGUCGAGCUGUGCCGAGCUGCACCGAGCUGAGCCGAAGGUUAUACCGGUGUCAGCCUGCACGAGCAGGCGCGCGCGUCCUCUCCUCUUGCGCGCGUCCAGCCGAGCGAGCGAGUAAACGCAAGCGAGUAAAAGCAAACGAGUAACCAACCUAGCAAGCAACCUAGCAAGCAAGCUAGUAAGCGAGCAAACAAGCAAGCGAACGAACGAGCAAGUAAACCAGUAAACGAGUAAAACUUUGAGCAAGACUUGAAGAUCGUAGGAGGACGUCAUUGAAGAAAGGAAGGAGGCGGCAAGGAGGUAGUGAAGAAGUAGAGAGAGAGAGAGAGAGAGAGAGAGAGAGAGAGAGAGAAAGAAGUGAUACGCGAGCGCGUGUGUGCGCGUCUGAUCGCGGCUGAUUCGCGCGCGCGCGCUCAUCGCCGGCCGUGUAUGGACGUCGUCACGCAUGGUGCACGCACCGAGGAGGACAAGGCUCAAGCCCUGGAAUCCGCCUCUCGUCUACGUUCCUCCGCUCGGCUUGGUUUUAUCAAUUCCUCUUCGUCGGCCGCAUCAACAGCGACAACAUCAUCAGCAACAGCAGCAGCAGCUUCGUCGGGAACGAGCAACAGCAACACCACCACCACCACUGGCAGCACCACCAACGCCACUACCACCUGCCGAGCAUCAACCAAGCGUAGGAGAAAGAAGAGAAGGCGUCAACGACGAAGCAGCAACGCGAACGACGACGACGACGACGACGUCGUCGACGAUCUUUCAGCCGUCCUUGACUCGUCCUCCUCCGUCGUCUCAUCCUCGGCGUCCCGUCACGUCGGCUCGUCGGUCCUUCUCGAGGACAAUCUUUUACCGCCUCCGCCACCGCCACCGGCUAGUGGCAAUAACACAAAUACCGCCGGUACAGGUGCAAGCGGUACAUCCUCCUCCAUCACUAGAAGAAGCCUCGCGCAGAAGGUUGACGACGAAGGUACAACAUCCCGCCAUCGACACCAUCAUAACAACAACAACAACAACAACAAUAACAACAACAACAACAGCGGCAGCCACCACCGUCAGCAGCAACGAGCCGAGAAUAACGAAGAUAACACUGUUACUGGCGGUGGUGGUGGAACCCGUGGAGAAGGCGAAGAGGAACACAACAACAACAAUCACGAGGAAGAAGAGGAAGACGACGAGGAGGUGGUGGACGAGGAUAAAUCGAACGAGAAGAAACAUCAUCGUGGUGGUGGUGGUGGUGGUGGUGGUGGUGUUGGUGGAAUCGGCGGCUCAUCGCCGACGACUACGACACUGCGAAACGGAGGGAACAACAGCAGCACGCGUUCAGCGGCGGCUUCUACUGCUGCCGCUUCAUCUUCCUCAUCUUCCGUACCUAUUCUCGCCGACAUCACGUUUCUCAAUCGCAGGACGGCCAAACGAUCGGCCAGGAGAUGUAACAACGCGAGCGGUCGCAGGAACGCGAUGACGAUGGAUCUCCAGAGGCUGAUCAAUGAGGUGCACGCUAGACCGGCUAUCUGGGAUCAGAAGAACGUCAACUAUCACAAUCGCGACGUCAUACUGAAGAUGUGGCGGGAGAUCGCGAGAGCCUGCGAAGUUUCCACCGACGUCGCCAAAUCGAAAUGGAAGCACCUCAGAGACAACUUCAGAAACGAGUUGAAGAAGACUUAUCGGGGAAAAUGCGAUGGUAGUCUUGGUGGCGGUAGCGAACACGAUUCGAAGUGGGUCUGGUUUAGGAGCCUAUUCUUCUUGAGGGACCAAAUGAAUUCAAGGGUGAUCGGGUGCGCCCUUAAUCAAAAUUGUGCAGCCCUUCGUUCCUCGCCCGACGGUACGCAGAUAGAGCCGCAAAUCGACAUACUCGAGGGCCACGAGGAGACACAAUUCGAUGAUCUAGACGGUGAUUCGUGUCAAUCUUUAUUAUCAAACGACGACGGUCUCCAUCAUGUUAUGCCACCCCCUAAAAUGAAUAAAAUCGGAAGGAAACGAACCCUUAUGGAAGCGAUGGACAACGAUUAUCCUGAAAUGGAUAGGAAAAGGUACGACGCGUUACAAAAGAGAUUGGUCCUUGGUCAGGAUGAGGAGGACGACACUUAUCACUUUUUAAUGAGCGUCAGGAAUCCUUUGAGAAGUCUUCCCCUCGAUAGACAAAUGUUUGUCAGGUUAAAGAUCCAAGAACUCGUCUACAACGAGAUAAAUUCGCAAAAUCAUCAGAUACGUAACUACGACGGCUCGCAAGACGUGAAACCAUUGAAAGCACAGAACGACAAUGGCAAUGGUACAGCUGGUAAUGGUGGAAAUGGUGGUGGUGGAAAUGGUGGUGAUGUCGUUAGCGACAUGUCGAAUCCAGCCUCGUUGCUACAGAAUUGCGCUACCGAGGGCUCAAGCGAUGACGCUUUCUUCGGCUAAAAAUUUAUUUAUAGUUUACGUUAUUAAACUGUAAGAACAAUAAUUUUAUUAAUAGAGAAUAAACGAACGUAUUUUUUCAACAAG